UCAUAAUGGGUUGGAUCUCUAUUAUCUUAUUCACUGUGCUGGCAGGGAUUAAGUCAGAAAACCAAACAUGCAGAGUGAUUGGGCAGACGGGGUUCAGGGAAUUUUCUAAAGACGGUGAUCUCAUCAUAGGAGGAGUUUUCUCAAUGAGCAGUACACGCAAAUUGAUAGACAAUGGCUACCAGUCAUUUCCAUAUACAUACUGCCAAAAGCUGAAUGACAGGGAACUGAAGUUUGCAAGGACAGUGAUGUUUACGGUGGAGGAGAUCAACAGAGAUACUAAACUUCUUCCUGGAUUGAGUCUUGGCUACAGACUGUACAAUGGCUGUGGGAGCGAAAACCUGAUUCGAGCAGCUGUAGAAGCUGUAAAUGGUGAGGAUCCAAAGGGCUGCAGUGGUCGGGUACAGGCUCUCUUGGGCCAUUCAUCCUCUGGAGUGAGUGGAGACAUUAACAACAUACUAAGCCCACUAUCCAUUCCACAGGUGAGUUACCUCUCUACUUGUGCUUGUUUGAGUGACAAAAGGCGAUUUCCCACAUUCUUCAGGACCGUGCCAAGUGACCGCUUCCAAGUCAUCGGUCUGGUGCAGCUUAUGAAAUACUUUGACUGGCGCUGGGUGGGGAUUAUUCACUCUGUCUCCUCGUACUCAGACAAGGGUACAAGUGAAUUUGUUAAGGAAGCAGAGAAAGAGGGCAUAUGUGUUGAAUACAGACUGCCUUACUCAAGGAGAUCUGAAAAAGAGUUCAAUGUUAUUGUGGAGACGCUGAGUGGGUCCUCGUCAAAGGUGGUCCUGCUGUUUGUGUCCUUGUCUAACACCAGAUCAUUCUUGACGAAAAUAGAGAAGUAUAACAUUACUGGAAAGCAGUGGGUUGGCAGUGAGUCUUGGAUCACCCAAGCAGACCUGGCUUCUGAUGAGAGGAAGAACAUUUUACAGGGGGCUGUGGGAUUUGCCCUCCCUCGGGCAUCCAUACCAGGGCUUGGUGAAUUCUUACUCAGCUUGAAACCUUCCGAUGAACCUCUGAGUGCUAUGAUUAAAGUUUUCUGGGAGUCGUUCUUUGACUGCAGCUUCCCUCCCUCAAAUACCUCUACUAUGUGCACUGGCACAGAAGAUCUCCGCACAGUCUCCAGUGACUACACAGACGUGACAUAUUUCAGGGCUGAGAAUAAUGUGUACAAAGCUGUUUACUUGGUGGCAUAUGCCCUUCAUGCACUAUUGCAAUGUCACAACGGCUCAAAUCCCACCACUGGAAAGUCCUGUGUGACAAAGAAUGAUGUUCAGCCUAAACUAGUGUUGGAGCACAUAAGGUAUGUGAACUUCACAACAAAGAAUGGCGCCAAGGUUUUCUUUGAUGAAAAUGGUGACUCGAUUGCCCAGUAUGACUUAGUAAACUGGCAAAUGAAAGAAGAUGGCACAGUUGAGAUCGUAAAUAUCGGUCAAUAUGACACCUCUCUUCCAGAGGGGGAAAAGUUCAAACUUAAAGACAACGCCAGAAAAGUCUGGGGAGGAAACAGUAAUGAGGUGCCGAGGUCUGUUUGCAGAGAGCCGUGCCCACCAGGGACUCGAAAGGCAAUUAACAAGCGUAAACCUGUGUGCUGCUUCGACUGCUUUGAGUGCCCCGAGGGAACAAUUAGUAAUAAGACAAAUUCACCAGACUGUUUGAUCUGUCCACCUGAAUUUUGGCCAAAUGAAAAGAAAGACCAAUGCCUUCCAAAACCUACUGAAUACCUUUCUUAUGGAGAGAUCAUGGGGGCCCUUUUAACUGGAUUUGGCUGUGUUGGUAUAUUUUUAUCUCUUCUGACGUCAAUCAUUUUUCUGACUCAUAAAGAGACUCCUAUUGUAAAAGCCAACAACUCCGAGCUGAGCUUCCUGCUGCUCUUCUCAUUAAAGCUGUGUUUCCUGUGCUCCCUGACCUUCAUCGGCCGACCGUCUGACUGGUCCUGCAUGCUGCGACACACUGCGUUUGGAAUCACCUUUGUCCUCUGUAUCUCUUGUGUCCUUGGGAAAACUAUAGUUGUUUUAAUGGCUUUCAGGGCAACUAUUCCAGGCAGUUCAGUCAUCAAAUGGUUUGGUCCUACACAGCAGAGACUCAGUGUUAUAACUUUCACCUUCAUCCAGGUUGUAAUUUGUAUACUGUGGCUCACAACCAACCCUCCAUUCCCAAAGAUGAACAUGAAGUACUACAAAGAAAAGAUAAUCUUGGAGUGUGCCCUGGGUUCUGCUGUUGGGUUCUGGGCCGUGCUGGGUUACAUUGGACUGCUUGCUCUGUUGUGUUUUAUACUUGCUUUUCUUGCUAGGAAGCUGCCAGGCAGCUUCAAUGAAGCCAAACUGAUCACCUUCAGCAUGCUGAUAUUCUGUGCCGUCUGGAUCACAUUUAUCCCAGCAUAUGUCAGCUCCCCUGGGAAGUUCACUGUAGCUGUGGAGAUAUUUGCUAUUCUGGCCUCCAGUUUUGGUUUGCUGGCAUGCAUUUUUGUUCCAAAAUGCUACAUUAUCAUCUUCAGGCCAGAACAAAACACGAAAAAACAUUUGAUGGGGAAAAUACCACCACAAACUCUUUAAUCUAUGGUUUCAAAGUGCUUUCUACAAUAAAUGAUGUCCUGAGUGUAAUAAACCAGCUUCAUUGCACAGUCUGAUAUUGUAGAUGCACAAGCUACUAAUCUAAUUCAUGACCUGCUGACUUGUUGUGAUGUGCUGAAUAAAGUGAAUCUAGCGAA